GAGAGGCUGGUCCGUGCCCUCACUGGUGACAUCUCCCUGCUUGCACAGGUGAUAUCUCCGUACCCGCACCGGUGCCAUCUCCCUGCCCGCACCGGGGGCACCGUGGGCGCGCCUCCCCGGGGCAGCGCCCGCGGCUCCGGACGUGCAUCCCCCGCCCUGUCGCUCCCGGACUCCAGCGUGACCCUGGGGCAGGCCAGGGAGCUGCCGCACCCUGCUCCGUGCCCGGCCCGCCUCCGAAGGAAACCCGGGGUCAAACCCACAUUCGGGUCUGUUAAACACCGCGGCAGGUCGGGAGAGGAGCGUUUAGCUUAAUACUCUGCACAGAAAGUGAGGCUGAAUAACUGCACAUGCCGAGUGCUGGAGGAGAAGCUGAAGGACAUCCUGUUUUCUUUCAGCAGUGCUGUUAUUCUUUGGAGUGAAAUGAAGAAUUUGAUUUUGUUUUGGAAACACUCAUAUUUCUGAUGCAACUGAACUUCAGUAACCUUUUUGCAGUACAGAUUUCAACAAAUUAUUUUUCUUCUCUUGGACAAAGAUGCAGAACUUGUCGGCGGUAGAAAGUCUUGGUAACGCAGACAUACCACACUGUGAGCCUCCAAAAGACCUGGCAGCUGGGGCAGGUGGAGUGUCUUUCCGUGGAAAUGACUGUAACUGGAAUGAAAGGACAAGCAAUGAAGAAAUUGUUAAUUUUGAAGCAACGCAGCAAAGCAUCCCUGCAGCGAACAGCGAAGGGAGAAGUUGUGAGGAGUUUUCCGAGAGCAGCUUUAGUCCCUCAGAACCCAGCGGUUCCUGGGGUGAUUUUGAAAGUUUCACGGAGUCCUUAGACAAAUCAGAGAGAUUCAAUGAUAACCUCGAAGUUUUGGUGAGUUCAGCAGUAACUCGUGGAGCUGAUGUGGGGCUGAGCAGCAGCGGCGGCAGCAUUUCCAUUUCUGCUGCCCACGGGUGUGCGGAGCCAUCUCUGUGCCAUGGCAAGCAGGAGGCUUUGGGCUCUCUCAGUGAGGAAGACCACAGCUAUGAGGAGAUCUUCAAGUUGGGCUUUCCAGAAGUCUUUGUGCCACAGUCCAGAGAGUGCAUAAGAAGCUUAGAGCAAGUUCUUGAUGCAAGUAAUGAAGAUGUUUGGAUUCCUGAACUUUUGAAUAAUCAACUCUGCAUGGAUUCUGGAAAUUUAUGGAGAGCACUGAGGGACUUUGAUAAUGCCCCCAGCUCAAGACAUCCCUGGAGUAAAUCUCAUUGCCAAGAAAACCUCCUGAGCGUUCUUGGAGUAGAUGCAAAUCAAAAGGUUGUUUCAGAGAACCAGGCUGACAUUUUUGAAGAAUCAAAUGUCAAAGAUAAUGAGGACUUUAGGUUUGAUGGAUUCAGUGUUAAUGACUGCAAAGCAUUGAUCCAGACCAAGCUUUCUGUGUCACCAGACUCCAGACAUGGUCACCUUUUCACCUGUAACCUCUUUUUGAAGACCACGUCAUCAAAUGAAAACACAGAGUAUAUAACAAUCCCAAGAAAAAAGCAGAUUUUUUCUACACACAACCUAAAAAUGAAAUUUUUCAGUAGUGGUGUUUGUUGAACUAAAUGCAUUUUUUUCUCUUUUUUUUUUUUUGAACUGAAUGCAGUUUACCUUCAUUUUGUUACUGACUUGGUACUAUAGACUACAGACAUUCUUUAGCAAAGUGACAAAUUGCUGUAUUUGAGGGACAUAAGGCCACGUUAUUAGAAGAUAUUUCUCCUGUUUAGUUGAGAAGUCAAAUUUUGUAAUUUUGCCCUGCCAAGUUUUGCUGCAGAGUUGUGUCUCUUACAGUAAAUGCUGCAGCUGCAGCCAGGGUUGGAGAUAACUCUGGUGGACUCUCCUGAACUACUGACCUUCCAGGCCUUAAUUUUCAAUCAAAAACCUUCUUUCCCAAGUCUCAGGUGUGUUGUAAUGUGCCUUGCCCUCAUCUCUCCUCAUAUUGCUCCAGUGUGGAUCAGCUGAGACCUGUGGCUCUGCCACUGUUGGGUGUAACGAGAAGAGCCUUUCUUCAUUUGGGGACUUUCAGUGGGGUUUAGAAUAAAAGUGUUUUAAUUUCUGUCUAAUGAAGCCUGCUGUGGUGAUAGGGGUAGAGGCAGCAAAAUGCUUCAUUCUGGGAUGGAUUUCUGGCUGAAAUAAAUCACCUUUUGAAGCUUUUUGAUUGUCACAGGACGUGGAUUCAUCCAGCCACACUUACACCAUGCACACCCUGCUUGUAAAAGCUCAGCAGUUGUGCAGUUCAGGAUGUGAAUAAUGGUGUAAAUUCCUGCCCUUUUAAGAUUUUAUGGAAACUGUCAAGUGUUGCCCAUCUUCCUGCAUGCCUGGUGCCGCAGGGGAUGCACUUCACUGUCACUCAGGAGAAUCCCUGCUGGUUCCCUGCCAACUGCAACAGCUUUAUUUAUUCAUUGGCAGUAACUUGUACACAAGUUACUGAUCUAUUUGCUGCUCUGGCCAUUCUGAAUAUGGAAAUUUUAUAUGGCUUUUUGCUUUAAGGAG